AUGUACUAUGGUGCUGGUAAGGAGCGACUCAUUUCGUUAGCAUGUACUUGUGCAGCUUACAUCAAUGACCAUAGUUACCAACAACAUCUCGGACGCAAAAAGUGCUCAGAGAGUCACGAAAUCCAAUUCCAGAAGCUAGUGAAUGAGAACAUGGCCAAGAAACUGCUCCAGCGGCAGCUUAUACGACUCAUUCGUGCCGACAAUUUCAACUUUUAA